UCUAGCAGUUUUUUCAGCACUUUUUGGCGACCUCGAAGCUGUCAAAACAUUGGAGGGUCGAUGAGUCAGAAAUUUGCAAAUUUCGCUCUUGUUCAGUGAUAAUUGAUUGCGAAGAUGGGUUUGUUCGGGAAAUCAAGUCAGCGGGAUCCCAAAGAACAAGUGAACGAAUGGUCGUCCAAGUUGAGGAAGGAAGGUCAUCAACUGGACAGGCAAAUUCGGGGCAUUCAGCGAGAGGAGGAGAAAGUGAAGAGGGCUCUGAAGGAGGCGGCCAAGAAGGGCGAUCGGGACACAUGUACAAUCCUCGCCAAAGAGAUUCUGCGCGCGCGAAAAGCCAUCACGCGGAUCUACACGAGCAAGGCUCACUUGAACUCCGUUCAGCUGCAGAUGAAGAAUCAGCUGGCGACUCUGCGAGUAGCUGGCUCUUUGCAGAAGUCCACUGAGGUCAUGGCGGCCAUGCAGAGCCUUGUCCGACUCCCCGAAGUGGCGGGUGCAAUGAGGGAGAUGUCGCGCGAGAUGAUGAAGGCGGGCAUCAUCGAAGAGAUGAUGGAGGAGACGUUUGAGUCGCUGGAGGACACUGAGGAGAUGGAGGAGGAGGCCCAGGGCGAGGUGGACAAAGUAUUAUGGGAGCUGACAGAGGGAAAACUGGGCGAGGCUCCUCUCCCGCCCACGGCGAAUGUGGUGAAAGAAGAAGUGCCUGCCGCCGCUGCCGAGGAGAGUGAGAACGAGGAAGAGCUCGAGGAGAUGCAGAGUCGCCUCCAGGCCUUACGAUCCUAAAAACCA